CAAAUUUCAGCCGUCAAUUCUGUCAAAUUCUUGCUUUCCGGCGUCGCCUCGAAUGAACGAUGACACGUGUCAAGGGAUUCCAUUCACACCGUUGGAUUACCUUCAACUUGAUCGCAGUCGUCCACGUGGCUUUCAUCAGAGAAGCGAAUGCGCAAUCACACUCGCCACCGAGUCUGGAAUCGGGUCAAGCUACGUCGAAAACUACCGUCUUCACCAUUCUGGUCACCGUCUUCUUCUUCUUCGGAUUACUAUCGGUCUACAUCCGCCACUGCACGCGCGCUAAUCCCGGAUCCUCCCCUAGUUACUCCCGUCGCCGCGCUUACGACGGCUGUUCACGGCGAGGCGGACUUGACGACGCCGUCGUAGAGAGCUUUCCUGUCUUCGCUUACUCCUCCGUUAAGGAAUCGAAGAUCGGUUCCGGUGAUCUGGAAUGUGCGAUUUGCCUCAACGAAUUAGAGGAUCGCGAGACGGUGCGAUUGCUUCCGAUUUGUAAUCAUCUUUUCCACAUCGAUUGCAUCGACGCUUGGCUUUAUUCCCACGCUACUUGCCCUGUAUGCAGAGCCAAUCUCACGGCCAAAGAGGAAGACGAUCCUCCGCGAGCCGAGGACGCGGCGGUGAGAGAUCACGUCACGAUUGACAUCGACGGCUGUCUUACUGGAGAUUUAGAGACAGUUGAGGCAGCGAAAAGCCACCACCGACGGCCGAGUUCUGAAAUCUCCGGUAAGUUUCCGCGGUCGAAUUCGACGGGUCAUUCGAUGGGUCGACUCAGUGGCGACACUGAGAGGUAUACUCUGAGGUUGCCUGACGACUUGAAGAUGCGAAUAAUGGCGGAGAAAGGACGUAGACUGAAACGAACGAGAAGCUUCGAUGCUGAUUUGACGGCGGAUGGCAGAGAGAGACAUUGCCGGAGCGGCGAGGAGAGCAGUUACACAGUCGGGUCGGGUGGAAAAUCGGAUCUGAUCAAUUGGGCGGAUCCAUGGGGUUUGUUUAGUUCAAAGUCAAACUCGGGAUCCGUUACAUCACAGAAAUCUAACGACGAACCGUUGAAAUAAACGACGUUAUAGCUUACCGCGUUAGCCGCGCUCUCAGUGGUGAAUAUUUUUUUUUGGAGUACAUACGACUAUACGAGUGGUGAUUAAAUAUUAAAUAUAUUUGAUGGAUAUUCAUUAUUCACUUUGGUCUUUCCUCAUUAAUUUGUAUACAAAAAAGGUUAAAAGA